AUGGCAGUUCAGUGGUCAGGUGUCCCUGGGAAUCUUGAAAGUUGGCGUGAGCGUCGAAGGGCUGCUGCAAAAGCGCUUUCCUUGGAGCUUCAGCAACACUGCGUUGUCUCCCCACAGAGCGAGGUCGUGACGAAGACACAUACUCCCUACCUAGACAACAACAUGCGGGAUCAUAUGGGAAAACUGAAGUCAGAUCUCAAAUACACUCCUGAGAAAUUCGGCGAAUCUGAGGGGAGCGUUAAACGGCCUUUACCAUUGCGGAUUCGGCUGAUGUGUCACUCCGACUGUGUGAAUGCUGACUACAUGGGCAUGUCUGUUGUUGCCCUCGGCGAUAAUGACGGACCGCCAUUUGUUAUUCAGGAUAUCGUAACGACCACGAUUGACACUAUGUCUGAGUCGUUCUUCAAGGCGACUAACUUGUUGCACAUUCGACGCUCCUCUGCCCCUGAAUCGUGUGGUUUGCUCGACGUCAUACUGGCAGACUCAAUGGCGGACAGGGGUCAUCUGGAGGUGGGUGAUGAGUUGUUUUCAGUCGACAACCUCUGCUGUUCCUUCGUUGCUGAUCGCCCCAUUCUCGUCCCCAAGCUGGCCAAACUUCACCAGGUGCUGGAGCGCCUCGCGAAAAAACAGAGACCCGUCGAGGUGAAGGUCUUCCGGAGCCAUGACUCAUCCGACCGAGAUGGGGCAAGAAGUGCGAAUCCGAGUGCAUUGAAAACAAUUCCAUCCGCUGCUGACCGAGUGAGUGUGAACCCGGGAACGGCAAACAUCGAGACCAAGAAGGAGACUCUACAGAAAUCUCAUGCACUCUCAAACGGUUCUCAUAUUUCGAGAUGUGGUGGAAAUGAAGCAUUUAAUAAGGACAUUUCAGAGGACCGAGGUAUUACCUUGGUAGAAAUUGAAAAGGUCCAUCCUGUGCGAGGUGUUCAGCACUUUGUCCCUUCAGCAGAACGUGUUGUAGCAGAUUAUUCAGAUCCUGAAAUGGUAUACACAACACCACAGGUGGAAAUGGCCUCUACCGUGGUGAUGAUUAAAGGUGAUGUCGAGCUAUCACACGCGAAAUCACCACCAGAGCUUGUGGGAGUUUCGGAUGCUGUAAAACCACGCCAGUGUGGGCAUCUGCUGCCGCCGGUCUCAGCCGUUUAUACCAACUCCUCCAAAGCCCAAUCUCCCAGUUCGUCAUUGGAGGCCCCGACGCCUCCACCACUACCGCCGCCGCCGUUGUCGAACUCUCUGCUGUCCACGCCGUCCGAGAUGUCCUCAUUAAUUUACACUAUCUCGCCGUCGCCAUCACCUAUGCCUGGACCGAUAUUGUCGCGCCUCGAUCGACACCCUUCUAUCUCCUUGCUGCUCACGCCACCACCGCCGCCGCCAUCACCACCGACUCGUGGAAACUCUGCAACUCAGCCCCUUCUUAAGCAGCCAAUCAAUUUCAAGCAAGACUACCUACAACUCAUUCCAAACCAAAGGUGUCGACCUCCUACCGAAGGUUUUUCCUCUACUCACCAAUCCUGCUACGCUCAAGGCGUCAUCAAUAGUGCGCCGAUUGAUCGCUUACUGACUCCGCAACAAAGAAAUGCCAAAGAAGAUGUGAGUGGGCAGAACGCUAGUCCGUAUUGCACGCCCUUUCCAGCCAAGGUAUCAAACUCGCAUGAUCCGCCUCGAUCCGACGCAUAUCAGAUUUUGCAUUCUCGAAAGCAUCGACAAGUAUUGGAGUCCCCAGAUGAUGCGCAAUACGAUAGCGAUGUCAGCUCCUUGGAUGACAAGGUGUGCUCCAAACCCACUCUAUCAAACUAUAGCUCAAGAAGGGAGCUGAAAGUAGUCGAACCCAAAGUAGUGAUACAUCGUGAGGUUUAUGAGAACACUUCACUAGUUGCAAGUGAUAUUGAUGACGAUGACUUCCCACAAAGUAAACAAGGAAAGGCCCUAAAACCUGCAAAAGCCACAACUGCACCGGUACUAAAGGAGCAUGUGGUGGAACACAAAGAGAUGAUAGAAGAAGUCGACUCCGACCGUCUACCCAAUAUGGUAUGUAAGGAGCAGAGGUGUACGCGUCAGGAAGAGCACGAGUUUCCGAAGGUCGUGGCUAGUUGCACCAAGACGGAGACGCUGAUGGCGGAAAUGGUGACAAUGGAUACACUACAAAGUUUGGAAGAGCAUAUAGAUUGGGCCACUCCACCUCCUCCUAAAUCAUUCGGAAAAUUUGGCCAGGUGACCGAAGUCAGAAUGAGGGAGGAUGACCAAAGAGAAAAUACACACCCGACACAAACAGAUACGCGGUUGUUGUCGAGCCGAACGCUUGGUGGGCCAUCACAGAAUCGGCUUAGGCUGUCAUCUGUUCGUGCACCAAGAGUUAACGUAAUUGGCACCUGGUAUACAUGCGCGGGCUGCAAUCAACAGCUGGGCACCAGCGAUCUUAUGAUAAUUGAACAGCUAAGUCUGUUCUAUCACCUCUCCUGUUUCGUUUGUGCCCGAUGUGGCAUUCAACUGAGCGAUGGACAAAGCGAGACUUCGGUGAGGAUUCGCAACGGCCUAAUUUAUUGCUACAUUUGCUACCAUCGGAUAAGCAAAUCACUGUCGCGCAGUAAGGAGAGAAACGAAGGGACGAAGGUAAAGGAAAGUCCUACCCAAAGAGACCGGCAUUCCUCGUUGGCACGAUCUACCGCCAAAAUCGGACAGCUGUUCAGCUCAAAUUCUCCUUGCCAAUCAAAUGGCUUCGUAAAUUCAUCAAAAAGGUGA